AUGCCCAGUACAGCAUUUACCCCACCGCCGAGCACGGACAUGAACGUCACAAAAAAGGAGAGGAAGAAGAAGAAGGAGAAAAGUUCGAAGGGGGAACCUGCAGACAAAACGGUAGAGUUGGUGGAGAAUUCUAAUGACGAGCUUGUCAACGAUAAAAAACGACCCGGGUCGAGCGACAAAGUUGCGCCAAAACAAGCGAAAGGUUUGGAGGAGCACGCCACUAAAAAGAAGAGCCGGAAAGAAAAGAAGGAGGACAAAAAAGCGGUGGAGAACACUGGAUCUCUCCCUAGUCCAACAGAUAAUGACGACAGUGGCCAAAACGUGAGCGUAAACUCAAAGAAGACGAAAAAAGAGAAGACAAAGAAAUCCAAGCAUGAUUCAAUGGAGGUGGAAAUCAGCCCCGAUCCAGUAGAACAUCAGCAACAGCAAGAAACAGGAAAGAUCAAAAAGAGCAAAAAGAAACCGACUCUGGAGAAGGUAGACGACAAGGGGGACAUUCAUUCAACUCGACCAGGAGGCGAGGAGCGUAAACGGAAAUCUGAAGUUGAACAACCAGCCGAAGAAGAGAAAAGUAAGAAAAAGAGAAAGAAGGACAAGGAAAGACAGAGGACAACGGAUAUCGAGGCCACGGCAAAGGAUCUGCCUCCUGUGGACAAACCUGAGAAAGAUACAGAUAUUAAGUCGCUAAAGGACAAGAAGAAAACGAAAAAGGCAGAGAAGGCUGAAAAGAAAAAGAUGGCAUCCACUUCGUCAGAAUCAAAGCCUACUACUACUGCACAUGCGCCAAAGAAAGAUGCACAAGCACCACCCGCGGAAAACCAGACCGUCGCCUCUGGAACUGGGACGUGGAACGACUGGAGCCAAGCUUCUUUUGAAGGUGAUGCCGCUCGCAAAAAUAAAUUUCUUCGCUUGCUAGGAGCGAAGAAAGCCAGCAAUGACGCCAUAAUAUCAACAACAUCUUCGAAUGCACCCACAUCCGCAAUACAAGCAGAGGUCGGCAAGAAGAUUGAGCAUGACAUAGUAAAUCAAUUUGAGCAGGGUAGAGCUAUCCAGCAGAAAUUGAGGCAAGGCAGAAGGGUGGGACUUGGUUUCUAGGUAUUGCCGCGCAUCAAAUUGCUUGUACCCUCGCCCGUAUGUACAAGUGAUUGUAUCGGUGAUUUGUAUCGGUGAUUACAAGAGUGCUGAUGGAGUCAUAAUGUAAGAUCUGAUAGGAGAGAGCAGAACUGCACGUAGAGCGCAGAGGGUUGCUGCUUAUUUAUCGAACUUACACCAGGCAUUCAAAACAGUCAUCACGUUUUAUCCACAGAGUACUGGCAUCCUAACUAAAAGCUAUCUUCAGCUAGACUCAUCUCUAUAUACAUGUGAUAAACAAUGGUUUAAGUCUACAGGCAAAC